CAGGAUAAACUCUUGCGAUUUGCCGAAAAGAUCAAGAAGUACCGUUUUAACUGCAGCCACAUUGAAAUUGAUGACAUGUACACGCAAGCCUAUGGGGACUUUGACUUUGACCCCGUCAAGUUCCCCAACGUAACGGAGAUGUUUGCAAAACUGAGGGAAGAUGGGUUUAAGGUCACCCUGUGGACUCACCCUUUCAUAAACUACAAUUCCUCCAACUUUGGGGUGGGGAUCGAGCGUCAGCUGUUCAUCAAGGAACCAUCUGGGCGGUUGCCAGCCAUGGUGGAGUGGUGGAACGGCAUUGGGGCCAUCCUGGACUUCACCAACCCAGCAGCCCGGGACUGGUUCCAGAGCCACCUGCGCCAGCUCCGGCACAAGUACGGCAUCUCGUCCUUCAAGUUUGAUGCGGGUGAGACCAGUUACCUGCCCAAGCAGUUCAGCACCUUCCGCCCGCUCUCAGACCCCAGCAUCUGGUCACGGCGCUACACAGAGAUGGCCAUCCCCUUCUACGAGCUGGCCGAGGUGCGGGUGGGCUACCAGUCGCAGAACAUCUCCUGCUUCUUCCGCAUCAUUGACCGUGACUCCGUCUGGGGCUACGAGCUCGGCCUCAAGUCCCUCAUCCCCACGGUGCUCACCAUCAGCAUGCUGGG